GAACCCGGUUUUAAACUGAACAGAAUUUUUUUGUUUGGACCAAGAUUUCAAACAUAUAACUUAUAUUCAAACUUGGUUUAAUUUAGAUUGAAAAAUUUCGGUCAUCCGGAUCGAACAUAGUUCCGCCACCCUGCAUGUCAUAAAGAUAUACCCAUUAGAUAAAGCGGCAAUCCAAAACAACCCAGGAAGAAAACGAGUAAACAGGUACACUUCCUCUAUAUGCAUACGCUUGUUUUUGCGCGAUGGUUUGGGGUUCCUAGUUUCAAGUUUGAUUUUUGAGAAUGACCAAAUUAUCUUAUUCUUUUUCUGGUGAGCGAUAUUUAUUAUCACAUCUGCUGUCAUUUAAUACUGAAUCUGCGUAGUUUUUGGAGUAGAUUUGUUUCUUAAUAUGCUGCCGAUUUGCCAUUUCUUUUUACCAUUUUUUUUUUGUCUUUUUAUUCCAAGUUUUUGAAGUGGAAAACUUCCAUCUAUGGCCGGCUCCUAGUCUGGAUGACUAAAUUUGCCCUCCAAGAAGCAUACUGGGUUCUCUAUAAAAUGACAAGCAUAUCCUGCUUCGUCAAAUCACAGAGUGCAUAAUUUGCAGCAAAAUAUCACUGUUAAUGAGAUCGUUUUAGUCUACUCAAAUAACAGGCUUUUUUAUUUUUUAUAUAUUGUUUUCGCGGUUAAUGAAGGUUUGUGUUUUGUAAUCAGGAGUGAAGAUGGUGGAAAAGGUUGAGAAGGAAACAUCACACUGGUGGUGGCUAGAGACUCACAAGAGGUCCAGACGCUCACCAUUGCUCCAUUCCACUCUUGCUGAGCUAGACAUGAAGACAAAGGCAAUGCUGAAAUUGAUCGAGGAAGACGCAGAUUCCUUUGCCAAACGAGCUGAGAUUUUUUACAAGAAAAGGCCACAGUUAAUCAGCAUGGUUGAAGAUUUCUAUCGGGCUCAUCGCUCCUUAGCAGAACAAUAUGAUCUAGUGAAGUCUGAUUCCGCAGCUCGCCUCCAGAAAACAUUUCCGCCCCCGAUUUCUUUAACUAAAUCCCAAUCUGAAAAGUUCACUACAAUGACUGGACAAAUGUAUCCUAGCUUCUCUGAGAAUUUUGAUCCUGAGGAGUCUGCGUUGUCUGAAGUUGAGGAUCAUAAACUGGAUAGUGAAAUCCAAGUUUUUGAAGAAACAAAAACUUACAUAGUUUCUGGCAGGAUUUGCAAUGAUGAAGUGGCAAAAUUGAGAGAGGAAAAAGAAAAACUCAAAGAAGAGAACCGGAUUCAGAGGGAUCAACUUCUGCAGAAAGAUGAAGAGAAAAGGAACGUAAUCAGACAUCUCAGUGUAGCCGUGGAAGUACUCAAGGAGGAGAAUCUGAAGCUGAGAAAGGGAAUUGCUAGAGACUCUCCUACCAAACUGUCCCCAUUUGAGUUCAACAAACUGAAGUGGAAAUUUUUCGGCGGAUCUCCAAGUUCCUGAAUAGUAUAUAUAGAAAUUUCUUCAGCCUAUUGUUCUUACCCUCUAGAUAUAUAGAUUGUGAGACAGGGUAGAUUAAUAUGUCAAAUACAGCUUCUGAAUAGUGUAUGCAGAAACUUGGUAUAGUAAGUAAUGUUUAUCUGUUAAUGUUUUUACCCUCCCUGCUAUGUAUAAUAUCCUUCCCCUCUCACUGCACUCAUUAUCACUGCAUUCAGUGUGCCGUGGUGCGACCAGUUUUGACGAUCCGAGAUUUACGUUCACCCAGCUAUUCAAAGGACAUGCUGGGCCAAGGAAAAUUUACUGUCAUGUAAUUCUCAAAUGCCCUCAGUAUUCACUCCCAAGUAGAAAUGUGUGUACAAGGACAAGUGACACCAGCUUUAUUUAUCUAUAGUAAUAAAAUUUGAAACAUUAUCCUAUCACAACUCAGCAGCAACAAUGCCACACACUUCAAUUCACCUAACAUGGCCACUAAACCAUAGUACAAUACAAGAGGACAUCUACAAAACAUUAAAAGAAAGAAAGUGGAACAACCACUAGUAGCAAUAAUGGAAGCUUCCCAUCAAUAAUACCUUACAUACCAGAAAGCUGAAUUAAGCAGAAGCACAGGAAACCAACAAAGAAAACCAAAUUCACAGGUCCUGAUGAAACUGAGGAAGAAGUAGGCAGAGCUUCUGAUGGUGGGAAUGCCCCCAAACCAUGUCCAGGAGCUAGUAUGUUAUCUGGGUUUGGUGGGCUUGGGUUUGAAGAAAUAAUAGGUGGUGAGGACUCAGUUGGAGAAGGUGACAGAUUAGUAGGAAACAAAGGUUCAAUGUCAGGUGACAAACCUGGCGGAGAAGCCAUUGGAGCACCUGGUAGAAAUGCAGGAGCAGCAGAUAUGGUAGAGAAUUGUGCAUUGACUACUGCUGGAGAUGCCAAUGCAAGUGAAGUGAAA